AUGGCGAUCUUGGCCGUCCCUUCUCCUUCCCUCGCCUUCAGAUCCACCGUCUCCACUCCAAGAACUCCCCGGCAAGUAAGGAUCUCCGCCGCCGCCCCGACUGCCGUCGCGCGGACUAUGUACGACCUCCUCUCCGUGUCCCGGACCGCCGGCCCGGAGGAGAUCCGCGCCGCGUACCGCCGGCUCGCACUCCGGUGGCACCCCGACACGUGCCGAUCGCCGGCCGGCGAGGAGCGCCGCCGCCACGCGGAGCGCUUCAUGGCUGCGCGAGAAGCCUACGAGGUGCUCUCCGACCCCUCCCGCCGCCGCAGCUACGACCUCGCCAUCGCCUACGACCGCUGGGCCGCCGCCGUCGACGCGGCCGCCGCCUUCCGGCCGGAGGGCCGCGCGAGGCGGCGCGGAGGGGCGGCGUCCGGCGGCAACUGGAAGACGCAGCUGGACGGGCUCGGGGGGCGGUCCGCCGUGGCGGAGGCUGGCGGCGAGGAAACGUGGGGCGCCCGCCUGCGCCGCACUCGCCGCGCCGACUCGGUGAGUUGA